GUUUUGCUCCAUAGUUUUAGGUCGCCCGAAUUUUAGGAUGUUUUUAAUAAAAAAUUUAGUUAUUGUAGAUAAUAACUAGCUUAUGAGCACUUAUAUUAGUUGCUCUAUCCUUUUAAAAUAAUACAUUUUAAAAAACAGAAGACAAAAAGUGUGUAUAGGAACUGAAGUUGAGUGAAAGUGAGAAUGACGACUUCUCUUGCUGAGCAAUUGAAGAGGUUGCAAACACCUCAAACUUCAUUGUUGCUGCAAGACAAAAAGAAACCCAGUUUAUUAUUUGCUCCCAAAGAUGCUGCUAGUUUGGACAGAGAAACUGUAUUAGCUAUUGGACAAAGUGGAUUAAAGGAAUUAAUAAAACGAUGCAGCCUCUUCGAAGAAUUCGAAGGGACUUUAUUUGCCCAUAGUUCUGUGAACUUGGAGCGUUCUAUGAGGGAAGCAAAAUUUAACGAGAAACUAAAUGCAAAUAUCGAGAAAUUUUUGAUAUUUCUCUCACCUCACUUUCUACUGGAGUACGCGCGCAAGGCUUUGGAAUGGCUGAUUUGCAGAUUCUACAUUCAUCAGUACAACAAAGAUCAAUAUCUCCUCUUAAUUCUACCUUACUAUGAAACUCAUUCCUUUGCAAGAGCUCUGCAAUUGGUAGAUCUGUCAGAUCCGAGUGACAAAUGGCAUUGGUUAAAGCCAGUUCAAAAAGCCGGACAACCACUCGCUUCCAUAACUUUAGUCAAUCGAAUCACCUCAGACAAUGGUUUCCUAAAACUGAUAUGCAAUCAUGUGAUUAAUGCUACAAAAGCGUGCCGACCCGAAGCCACUAGUUUAGGAACAUUGUACAAUUUUUACACCUCUGGUCUCGUAAAAGCAAUUCAUCGACUGAAUAAUAUCACCGAUGUUCAGAUAAAUCACAUGUUGCCAGCUCUCAUUAGUGGAUUGUCAAGUCCAAUCGUAGACUUUGCAGCGAGCAAUUACAUAAUUAUUUCAAUACUGAACACCAAAGUCAAACUGAGAGACGAAACUAUCGAUUUUCUGCUCUGCAAGUCUGUCAAAAGACCCAGUCAUCGACUGCAUUACGAAGUUCUUCUUUUAUUAGUUUCCCUCUACAAUGCAGCCACCAAUCCCGUCACGAUAAUGUCGGAAAAGCUGCUUAUCCGUUUAUCGAAUCUAUCCUGGUUUACGAAAACACUCAUUCAGGUGAAAUCUGCCGGGGUUCAAACUUCGAAAUUCACCGGUCUUUUUCUCGAAAAUGCUGUUAGAUACAUUCUGAUCAAUCCCGCGAAAUCUGAAAGCGUUCAGAGUAUUGUCAAUGAUAUUUUGGUAGAAGUUCGUUUGAAUGAUGACGAAGUUGAUUUGUUUUUGACCGGUAUAUUAAAGAACAAUCUGAUCUCGCUCGUGGAAUCGGAGGAGUCGAAGCUAUUUCUCAUCUGUUUGUUCAAGUCUCUUGAGAAGAGUUAUCCAACGAAAUUUGAUGAUUAUCUGAAGAAAAUUAUGUACGCGAGUGAAAAUGAUGAAGAGGCGAAGACAACACUGAAGUUUCUGAUGUCCUGGCAUGUCGAGGCACGGGAUUCGGAAGGUUCUCUCGAGGUUUUGAAUUCCCUGACUCACGCGAGUUCCGAGCAACGAAUCCUCGCUCUGAGGGUGAUUUCGGAAAAUCGAAUAAAGAUUUCCGAGAGUUUUAAGGAGAUGGUGAACCGAGCCUUGAUGGCGCGAUUCAACGAUGAUGAGGACAGUGUGAUCGCAGCGCUGCUGACCUUUCCCACCUCUCGUUUAAAAGAACUUUUUCCCGCUGAUGCUUUGAUCGAUAAACUGACAAUUCUCGUGUCAAAUCACAAUGACAUCAAUCGAAAAAUCAUUGCCGAACCUGCCCUGAAAAUUCUUUUGGAAAUGUGUGACGGAAAUGAUGCGAGUGUAUUCCUCGUGACACUUCCUUAUUUAUUCCCGAUGAAAAACGAGGAUGUAGGAAUAGCGCUCGAGAUUCUGGAUUCGAAUUUCGGUAGAGGAAACAAGUUUAUGUCAACGCUGAAACGAGAUCUCGGGGCGAAUUUAAAAACAGCAAAAAGCGCGGCUAAAGAGAGAAAGGAUCUUACAGACAUUGCUGAGUGGUUUGUGCAAACGGUUUUCUCGAGUCUUCUCAAGAAGGAUUUACUGCCACCGACCGAUAUUAUCAUCAGUAUAAUGAAACAGCAAAUGGCACAUGGCGACGCUUCCUUUAUACUUUUCAAUUUGAUAUUCCUCGGAUCCACUUGUCGAGUUCCCGCGGGUUCUUUGUCCUUCCAGGUAGUCAGAGAGGCGAUAGAACUGGCAGCGGAAAUUAUCAAGAGUUACAAAAACGUUCGACUCUUGCCCGGCACUGAUCAGUUUGUUGUUGAAAAAAUGCAUGAGGCGCUUCGUUUCACCACUAAGGGAAUUCUACCUUUACAGGUUGGAACUCACGUCUUGGAAAAGGCUCACCGAUGUUUGGAUUUGAAGGCUGAAACCUUUAUGUUCGAUUUUGAAAAAGAUCCGGAGAGAAGUCAGUUGAUUCUCAAGUUGAUUGAAAUCCUCUUCGAGGGGAUGAACGACAAGGAUACAAAGUCUCAUUACGAAUGGUGCUUGAAGAUUUUCAUCGAGAGGCACUUCAAGAAGUUGGAAGGGAUUCUACGAUUUUUAUCCCAGCUUUUUAACGAACCUGUGCAAACCCAGACGUCUCAACGUUCUCUCGAAAUCACUCUAAAACUUUUGAACAAUUGCAAAUCGUUCCGGUGGGACACAAUUGAUAAAGUUUUGACACCCAAUUUUCUCUUCACAGAUAAAAUUUUCGUCAGCAAUUUGCUGAUCAGUUUGACAUCGAAAGUUGAUAGUUGCCGAGAAGUUGCUGUUAAUAUUUUGAAGGCUUUGAUCAUCAAAAACGAGUCACAGAUUACCAAAGCUUCAGAUGAAGGCUUCUUCACUUUGUUGCAAGAAUUGGCGGAAACAAGCCUGGAAAUAAGCAUGGAUGCUGAUCAGUUGCCUCUGGCUCUUUAUCUGAAGCUUUCUCCGGAUCCUGAUGUUGGAAUAUUAUUGAAAGGUGUGCGUCUAAAAGAAAAUUUAAAAGUCGCUCGAGAACUUCUUUUUGAAAUAAUUGGGGACGAAAACGUCCCUCUUCAUGUAGUUUCACAACUUCUCGAGGUUUUAACGCAUGUGAAUGGACCAUCGAUUCUCAAGCAAUUGGCACCUCUAGGUCUCACAUUUUUGAAAAAAGUCAUCACACAACCGGAAAAUAAAUACGUCAGUAUUGGUCUAACGAAUAUCCUUCAAAGAAUUAAUAGUAGUACAGUGACGGCUUUACAAAGUGCAGAGGUCUGGAAAUUAUUUGAGGUCAGUAUUUCCGAUGACACGCCCCAGAAAUUGAUCAACAACACAGUCAAAUCUCCAAGUGUCGUUUUAAUCAAGCAGAUUGACGAGACUUUCUUUGAAAAUCUCGGAAAUGUUUCGCACCAGUUGCAGAAAAAAGUCUUCUCGAAAUUGGUCGACGUGAUUACGGACUCGGAAAACAGCGGUGUGUGUUCAAUAGGUAGCAAAUCAUUGCAGAAAAUUCGAAUCAAGGCGCAAUUUAUCGUUGAUGAGUUGAAACUCAUGACACAGUCCGUCUCGAAUAAUAAUCAGGGAAGUGCUACAAAACCGCGGAAGAAAUUGGGUAGAAUGUCGGUUCUACCAAGUCCGGAAAUAAUAAACACUCAUGAGUGGAAACGAGGAAUAAACUUGCUAGAAUUUAUCAAAACGGAGAAUAAUAUUCUCAAUGAGGAAAUUCUGAUUCCAACUCUUUUUGAUCUUCUUCGCACCUGUCUCGGUUUUGAGAUUCAGGAUCCGGUGGAAUAUACCAAUCAACUCUUGCUAUCGGCCCUCCAUCUUUUGGUGAGCAAAUCUCUGCCGAUUCGAGGAGCCCAUUUGCACAUUGCUCUAAUUGCCCAGUGCAUCCGGAUAUCUAGAAAUCCUCAGACUCAUUAUUACGCGUUGUUGCUCCUGGUCGAAUUGUUCAAAGUCGCUGAUACUCAGAGUGCUCUGAACAGUAUCAUGCCGAUCUUUACCUUUGUGGGAAGCUCAAUUUUAAGACAGGAAGAUGCCUAUUCGAUUCAGAUUACCUCGAAGACUAUCGAGACGAUUAUUCCGAUUGUGAAUGCAGCCAAUGAUGAGAAUCAAGCCUGUGAAAUUUUGCGACUCUUUAUCACUUCUCUGCCGGAUAUUCCCGAGCACAGGAGAGUAACCAUUUUUGUGAAGCUUUUGCAGCUCAUGGAGAACUAUCUUCAUCUUUAUUAUUUGCUAACUUUUGAAAGUCACGUUUUGUCGCAGAGUAAUGCAACUCCGGCACAAAAAGCGCAAAGAACUCCAACCCAGAAGGUGGAAUUUGCUCUGCAGAUUUGUCAGGAAUUCCCACCAAAGAAGGUGAUUAAUGUUUGUGUGAAACUGGUGCAGUUUCUGAAGUCUCUUCCGAUCGAGAUUGAUGAAGAGAAUAAAUCAAGGAAGGGAAAGUUCAAGAGCAAUCAUAUUUUCAAUGUGGAGAAGAAUUCGCCGAAACAGUUGAGACAUUAUAAAUACACGAUUGUCCAGUUUCUCAGUGAACUUUUGUCCAGGGCGGAGUUUAUUAAUAGAGUCGCGGAACUGGAUGUUGAGACUAUGAGUGAAAUUAUGACUGAUUUUGAUCAGUUGAUUGUGGAGCUGGUUCUGGUGAUUGAGAGCGCUUCGAAAAGUGUGGAUAUUCAUCAAGGCAAGCCAAAGGCGAAGUACUGGAAGGUAUUGCUCAGACAUUUGUAUGACAUUUUGGAUUUGGUGAAUAGUCUUUUGCCGAAUAAGGCUUUUAUUGAGAGUAUCAAGAGGCUGAUUGAUCAUGAACUUUUGAGUGUGAGAAGGAAAGCUUUGGAGUUGCUGAAUGCGAGGUUGCAGCAGAGGAACUUUGGAGAGUGUGAUCAUGAGGAUUUGUUAAGUUUGAUGGAUUUGUUUACGAAUGUUCUGAAGGGUCCUAAUAAGCUCGUGAAUCAGGAGAUUGAGAUCAUUCAACAAACGGUGCUGAUUAGUAUCAAGUUGUUGGCAAAGUUCUUGGCUGCUGAACAUCCGGAGAAUUUCAAGCCGAUUCUCGAGUUGACAACCGAGUUGGUGAAAAAGAGAAAUGGGCCAGUCUUGGGAAGUGCAACUGCAUGUCUGGGUGAAUUAUGCAGUUCGAUGAGAAUACACGCAAUUCAUUCUCUCAACAAAUUCUUCCCCGCGAUUCUUCGUUUAGUGGAGAAACAAACGUACCAGGAGGUUCCUGACGUUAUAAUGAUCAGUGUCGUCAGCGCUCUUCAAAAAAUAAUCGAGACGAUGGCCAACUUUAUGUCUCCUUACCUGGACCAACUACUUUUUGAACUCUCCAGGCUUAAUUCCCUUUACACCGACUCUGAAAAUCCAAAGAUCGGCAUAGUCGUCUCCAGAUUAAGAGCAACCGGAAAUAAACUCGCAAGCUCCGUUCCUCUUCGAGUUUUAUUACCAGCCGUAAAAAAUACCUACGACGAACUCUUAACGAAAAAAUCCUACAAGUACAUCGCUCCUCUAUUAAAUAUUUUUGGCGAAUCUUUUGCAAAUCUGCAGUCUUCAGAUUUGAAUGCCGCCUUGCCGAAUCUGAUCGGAUUUUUCUUGAAUGUUCUGGAAUUUCGAGAGCAGGUUGGAAAAUGCGAGAAAAUGGAGGUGGAUGGGGAGGAAGGUGUUCUUUUGAGUGACAUAAAGGUCGUGGAAGAGAGUGCGAGCAAAACAAUAGUCGCACUGAUUUUAAAAUUGAGUGAAGACACCUUCAGGCCUUUCUAUUAUCGAUUGUACGAUUGGGCGGCCAGAAAUCCACAGCACAAGCAACGAAACAUCACCUUUUACAGACUGUCAGCGACGAUUGCCGAUUGCUUGAAAUCCCUGUUCGUUCUCUUCGCGGGACACUUUUUGAAGCAUGCAGCACUGCUACUGACCACCAACAAUUUUUCGAUAAGCAAUGAAGUUCAGGAAACGACCCUCGCCGAGGAAUCGAGUCGAGUCGAGCUCGUCGAAGUCCUCAUGCUCACUCUUCACAGAGUCUUUUCUUACAACUCUCACGACUUUGUCACCCAGGACCGAUUCAAUAUUCUCCUGCAGCCAAUAGUCGACCAGAUCGAAAAUGUCAUGGGCACUCGAGAAGAAUUCGAGAAGCGAGCGAAGGAUUUAAUUGUCCCGUGCAUCGCUUCCUUCACUGGGGCAAUUCCCGACGACUCCUUGCACCGCCAACUCGUUUGUCAGAUUGUUCUCAAAUCUGGACACACCAAGCCCUAUGUCAGAAAUACGGUCGUCAACUGUUUCGUGGAAAUAGCAAGAAAAUUGGGAGAAGAUUUCAGGCCACUCUUAUCCGAAAUUCUGCCUGCGCUUUCAGAAUUAUUAGAGGAUGAGGACGAAGUGGUCGAGAAGAAUGCGCAGAAUGCAGUCAGAAUCCUCGAGGAAAUUCUGGAAGAGCCUCUUCAAAAAUAUUUCUGAUCCUCCUACGAAUUUCAGGUGCUAAUUGUACGUGUAAAAUAUUUUUUUUAUUAUUCUAAGGAAGGUAACUUACUAGUAUAUAGUAAUAAAGUGAUUAUCAUGAAA